CGUUGGCUCUGAAAAGUGGUUCUUCGCUCUCAUAAAACCAAGCUCACAAAAAGCUUGAAUAACAGAUUUCGAAAGCAAUUCCUUGCAACACUAUCACAACUACAGUACGAUUCUAACAAUGAAGCUCUCCGUCAAUACUACUUCCAACGAUGCUACCACCACUUCCAAGGCGGGCACCAUCAACACUACUUCCAACGAUGCUGCCAGUCCAGGCAACGGCCUUCCUUGGCACGCAACAAGCCUCGAGGAAAUCUUGGAGGCACUUGGAUGCGACAAAUCCGGAGGGCACUGGGGCCAUGGCCUGUCCGCGGAAGAGGCGAAGCGCCGCUUGGAUCGUUUCGGUCCCAACCAGCUCUCUGAGAAAGAGAAGACUUCCCUGCUCAAGAAGAUUUGGCAUCAUCUAAGCAACGUUUUGGUUGGUAUCCUCGCUUUCGUUGCCGUUGUGUCUGCAAUCCGUGCUGCGACCAGCAAUGACAAAGAUGUGGUCCUGACCAACUGGAUUCAAGUUGGCCUCAUCAUUUUCGUUGUCACGGUGAACACGACGAUUGGAAUUGUCCAGGAAGGUAGUGCCGAGCAGGCUGCGGAGGCUCUCAAGGCCAUGCUAUCCAGCGAGGCUGUAGUCGUGCGCGACGGAAAAGACGUCAAGGUCCCCGCGCAGGAGAUUGUUCCUGGCGAUAUUGUCAAGCUCAGUGUGGGAGACCGAGUUCCAGCCGACUUGAGAAUGAUUCAGGUGAACAAUUUGGCAUGCGGAGAAGCAGCUCUGACAGGCGAGGUCGUACCCGUUGACAAAAAGAUUGAUACCAUCAUCGUUCAAACAGAUCCUUUCCAAGUUCCAUUGGGCGACCGCAACAACAUGUGCUUCAGCGCAACACUCGUCUCACAAGGUUCAGGAACUGGUGUCAUUGUUGGCACAGGAGACCGAACCGAGAUUGGGAAAAUCAACUCACUCGUCAGUCAAGUUGAAAAAAAGAAGACGAAUGUCCUUGAACAGAUCGACCGUGUCUCGACUUGGCUUGCGGGUUUCAUCCUUUGCACUGGUACCGUCACAUUCUUCGUCGCCUGGAAGCGAUCUGGGUUGCCUCCCAUGGAAGCCUUUGCUACUUCUCUUGUGUGCUGCGUCGCAAUGAUCCCUGAGGGCUUGGAAGCGAUUGUCACCAUGAGCUAUGGCUGGGCUGUUUCCAUCAUGGCAGGAAAGAACGCCAUCAUCAAGGCUCUCCCUGCUGUCGAGACACUUGGCAGUGUUACGGUAAUCUGUUCAGACAAGACUGGCACUCUUACUCAAAACAAAAUGUCGCUUACAGCUUUCGUAACUUCAGGACAGCGCUACAGAGUCAAUGUCAACAGCACCACUCGCUCUCCAAGCAACUUUAUCCAAGACGAUAACUACCUCGUUGUCAGAGGUGGCUCUCAGAACGAAGGAGGGGCUUGCUCAGAUCUUCCCUCAGACGCUCAGGGUGGUGCGGACGUGCCAGAUGCCUCCUUCCUUCGCAAAGCACUAGCCGGUGGUAUUCUUUGCAGCAAGUGCGUUCUUGGGGAAAACGGAGGCCGCAACGGAGAAAUCGGCAAUCCAACAGAACUCGCAAUCAUCAGAGCAGCAUACAUGGGAGACGUGAACGUGUCUGACGUGAAAAACGGUGCACCAGUCGCUGCUGAGCUUCCCUUCAGUUCUGAAUACAAGUUCAUGGCGACUGUUCAUCCUUCAAAUGAAGCCAACGAUGGUACCGAUAACCUUGGCUCCUUGGUUGUUCAUGUCAAGGGCGCCCCAGAUAGGAUGGUAAACCUCUGCAAAUACCAAGCUCGCAAUGGAAAGCUUGGCGACAAUGAUUUGGAGCCAAUCGAUAUCGAGUUCUGGAUGGAGCAAAUUUCCAUUCUUAGUUCUCAUGGGCUCCGCGUGCUCGCACUUUGCCGAGGAAGUCUACCUGAGGGUUCCGUCAGCGACGGUCAACAACUUGAUCCAGAGUUCGUGCUUGAGAAGGGACAGUGGCUUACCAUGGUAGGUCUCUGUGGCAUCCUUGACCCACCCAGGCCUGAAUGUGCAUUGGCUGUGUCGGAAGCUCAUGGUGCCGGUGUAAGAAUUGCCAUGAUCACGGGCGACCACAAAGACACGGCCCUUGCGAUUGGAGCCCAACUUGGAUUGGUUGACAAGGAACACUCUGAAGCUAUCACAGGUCCCGAACUUGAUUCCAUGAACGACGAAGAGUUGGGGGUUGCUGUCCAGAAGUAUAAUGUUUUUGCUCGUGCAUCUCCUCAGAACAAGAUUCGUAUUGUCAAGGCACUCCAGGCUCAGGGUGAAGUCUGUGGAAUGACUGGAGACGGUGUCAAUGAUGCCCCGGCCCUCAAGGCAGCCGACAUGGGUGUCGCUAUGGGCAAGGAAGGCACUGAUGUCGCUCGCGAAGCCUCCGAUAUGAUUUUAGCGGAUGACAACUUUGCCACCAUUGUGACAGCUGUGCGAGAAGGAAGAGUCGUUUGGGACAAUCUUCGCAAGGUGCUUCUUGUCAACACUCCCAUCAACAAUGCCCAGGGUUUGACAGUCCUCUUUGGAUUGAUUUUUGGUCUCCCAGAUGCGAUACUCUCGUCUAUCCAAGUGCUCUACUGCAACCUUAUCUGUGCUGUCACUCUUGGGUUCGUUUGUGCUGUUGAGCCAGCAGAACAUGGCAUCAUGGGUCUUCCACCCAGACGUUUGGGCAAACGCCUCAUUGGUCGAUUCCUCUUUCUUCGAAUUGUUUUGGCGACAACGACAUUGGUUGCUACGACGGUUGGUUCCGUCUUUUUGAUCCGCGACCUGUCGACAGCUUACACCCCCGAACAGCAACGGGCACAAGCCCUCAACACCCUUGCGUUUGGAGCCGUGGCCAUUACACUCAGUGCUCGAUUUGCCUACAACAGUUCGUUUCAUCCGCGCAUCUUUCGUGGAAACAAGCUUUGCUGGAUCUCGGUUGCCAUUGUGGUUGGUCUGCAGGUCGUGAUUACCCAUACCCCCGGCUUGAACAAGACAAUCUUUGAAAUGGAGGGUAUGGAUGGUAUCCAAUGGGCCAUUGUGGUUGGGUUCAUGUUCGUGACGCUCUCUGUCAUGGAAAUCGAAAAGGCGGUUCGCCGCUAUCUUUCCAGUCUCGGCGAGGACACGGAUGACCGCGAGUAUGGAUUGUUCGAUGAAGUCCCAGCCGACAAUACUUGAUUCGAUUUCGACACGGCAACUUGGUAAUGGUUCGUCGUCUUUUCAAAAAGGACUGUUGAUCCCUGCUGAUUGUUUUCCAUUAUAAAAUUUU